AUAUUGAAUCUCGCGUAGAAUCUCGUUCUAAACUUCCUUUUCCGGUGUGCAGCCAUCUUGAAUCACAAAGAUGUUGAUGCCCAAGAAGGCCCGUAUUGCCGUGUAUGAACACCUCUUUAAAGAGGGUGUUAUGGUGGCCAGAAAAGAUUUCAUUGCACCAAAACAUCCAGAACUUGACAAUGUUAGGAAUCUGUACGUGAUUAAGGCAAUGCAGUCUCUCAAGUCCAGGGGAUAUGUAAACGAACAGUUUGCAUGGCGUCACUACUACUGGUAUUUGACCAAUGAGGGAAUCCAGUAUCUGCGGGACUUUCUUCACCUGCCGCCUGAGAUCGUGCCCUCUACACUUAAAAGACAAGCACGGCCAGAGGCUGCUCGAGCUGUCCGACCAAAAGGUCCGGAGGGCCCAAGAUCAGGUCCUGGAGCAGCAGAUAGAGCAGAAUACAGAAAAGCUGGACCACCUGGAGUUGACAAAAAAUCAGAAGUUGGAGCUGGUGCAGACCCAAGUUUUAACUUCAGAGGUGGUUUUGGCAGAGGAAGGGGAGCACCACAACAGUAAAUGGGAUUGUGGGAGACUUAUAAACUUGGUAUCACUGUACAGAGAAAUUACAUACAGGACUCUGAUUUUUCAUCUUAAUGAGACAGAAGAUUCUGCAACAAUUUGCAUAAGUGUUCUAAGUAAGCAAAAAAAUUAAUAAAACUAAAAAAAAAGGAGAAUCUUCAAUAAGGAAAUGUU